AUCAUCAUCAUACACAGCUUGAUUUCACCCUCUGCUCGGUAUAGGCCUCUUGAAGUUUGUGCCAUCCACUAUGGUCUCGUGCUAGCUGACGCCCCGCGACGCAUAGUAUGUCGUCGACCCACCUUGCAACAGGGCGCUCGACGCUUCUUUUGCCCAUCCUCGGCCAUCAAUCAGUCGAUGUGUUGCUCCAUCUGUAAUCACCUUGCCUUGCUAGGUGUCUCGCCCAGCCCCAUUAGAGUUCCAUGAUCCGAGUUCCAGCAUCAUGGACUUUCGUCCGUCGUCGGAUUUCAACGUUCGGAACUCAGUCUACAAGGCUGAUGCCGAGCAUGGCGCGCACCAGGGCCCUCAGCAAUAAGAAUAAUGAAAAAUUUUCUUCUGAACGUGAGAAGAAAGAUCCGUUGUCAACUAUCCAAUAACAAUGGACGAACACACAGUGUUUUGAAAUUAGAAAAUCGAAUAAAAAGCGCCAUAUUUACGAUGUGACAUAACGCCAUCUAGCGGUGAGACCGUGAACUGCUUAGUGAAAGUGUUUACUUGGUGUCGGUAUCGGUACAUCUGCUUUAACAACAAUGAAGUUAAAUUUAUUCAAACGGUCGAUGAUUUUCGCGACCUUCUUCGGGUCAUGUUUGUGCAUAGCGUUAAUAGUUGCGUCUCUUGGGACGACGCAAUGGAUUGAGGCGAGAGCGAAAAGGACAUCAAAUCCUCUCGAAUCCGAGGGUAGAAUCAGCUUUGGAUUGUUCGAGGGACACAAAGAGCUGAACGUCGGAUACGGAUGGAGGAAUCGCAACUUCAGUGUAAAAGCAGGAACGCACCCAGCGCGACGUUGGGCAUGGUGUGGCUGUGCAGGGCAACUCGGGGCGGCUCUAGCUGCUGCUGGAGGGGCCGCUAUCCUUGCUGCUUUGGCGUCAGCCGCUAGAGCGAGGGCCAGUCCUCGACCGCUGUUGAUCAGCAACUCUUUAGCAGUACUCUUCACCCUCGGCGCUAUAUCCGUAUGGCUGACAGAGUACUUCCUGCGGUUGCAGUACAACGUCAUGUCUGAUGAAGACCUUGCCAACACGUGGACUUCUGAUGGGAUGGCGGAUCUGGGCCUUUCUUUUUGGUUGGUAGUGGCAGCAUCAAUAUCAGCGCUGGCAAACAUCAUAUGCGUCAUGGUGGCCAUGGCUGAUGGAAGAGAUGAGGACACCAUUGCACCUGCGCUUGAGGAGAAAGUCAAUGGCGCCAUUAUGUUGUAUUAACAAGAAAUGUACCUAUAGAGGGCUAUCCCAUGAUAGAAAUUCUUUAUGUGCUAAGAACGAAUCUAGCGAAAACUUAAGCGCACACAAUUACGCUCGAUUGUCCAGACGUGGUUAUUUGUCUCGACGGAAAAAGACACUUCUGUGUAAGAAGUCAAAUUUCUUAACGAAAUUUUCAUAAUACGAAAGUUAUUUAUAUCGAAGAUAAUAAGUCCUUUUUAUUAUGGAGUCGAUGUCGUAGAUAGCUUGGAUAUUUGUGACUUCAUACAUAUUACUACUACCUAUUAAAGACAGAUAAAUGUAAUCCCACUUCUAAAAACAAUCAAGGAAUUUAAGAAAAAUAUCCAUGAUUUCUUUUAUCGACUGAAGCGGAGAAGAGACUUAUUUAAACAGCCAAUAGGAAUUUGUUAUUUUGACAUUAUGUUUUACUUUACAAAUAUAACGGGCUCCUAUUGGUUGUUAAUACACGUUUUCUCCGCUUUCAAAGAUAACUCGUGUGACGUAUUAAUCGAGAGUGGAUAGCUUGGAGAAUUCAAGUUAAAACUUCAGUUUAUGAUACACAAAAUGACUGAUUGCGAGUUGACGGCGAAAGAAUUAUGCUAAAGUUGUAAUUCGUACCUAACGGCCUAUGAAAACUUUUUAAAUAAGGAGGGGGAUGGAGAACGGGAGUAUUGGGUUGUGGGUUUUUGUUUCAUUUAUGACAAAUUAAAAUACAGAGCCGCCAAGUUAUCUGUGAUAUAGCAGUAAAACGACCUAGCGCUACCGUAUUUGAAAACGACAAACUUUGUGUAAUUAGAUAUCCAAAUUACAAAGCAACAGCCUAAUGUUUAGAAUAAGUUCACGCACAGCGCCAUCUAUGAACCUGUUCGUGUAAUUAUGAUGGGAUACACAGUAGCAAGUAGCCUAAGGUAACUGUUACAGUGAGUUACACUUUUUACAAUUAAAAAAAAAGACAAUUUUAAAUUUACAAUUCCGUCCAAAGUCCGUCCAGGUUGUUUAUACAUUUUAAAAAGCAUAAUAUCUUAACUGACAAUAUUAUUCAUUUUAAUAAAUUUAUCACUACUGUAGUUUAGCAACACUGCGAUACUAAUAAUACCACACUUAUCAUUAACAAAUUGUGCGUCCCAUUGCUGAACAUGGGUCUCAUCCAUGAAGAGGGUGUAUGACAGUAAGUUAUUAACUUAUUUAUUUUAAUUUAAUUAUUACGGACAAACCAGUUACAACCUUUCAAGUAUCCUUUUUCACAAUAAUACAACAAUUCUGACAAUAUUCCUGACCACUCAUCCGCAAACAAGUCGCAUUCAUGGUUGGUGGCAACAAGAGAAUUGGACGUUGACAGGGAGCGCGCUACAGUUUGGGACCACGGGGUGGCAAACAUGUUUUGUCUUUUACUGCGGUGACAGUUGUUAAGCGCAUAGACUCUACACAGCUUAUCAUGCAAAUCUGGGGAAUCUAUAUUACCGCGCAGAAUUUUGCAAGUAACCACCAGUUGGUGUUUCAUUCGCCUAACCUCCAACGAAUUAUAACCCAGACAACCCAACAGAAACGAAAUAGGAUACAUAUAGGGGUAGUACCCAUUUGCACGUUUGUACUAGUAUCUAAGAAAUGCUUUUUGCGCUUAUUCUAACAUAUGAGCUUUCAUGUGGGUUCCACACGCACGUGGAACUUUCCAAUUUACUAAUUAAGCUUGCAGUACUCUUUAUAAAGCAACCAAGUUAUUUGUAAUAUGAAUUACAUUUAAUAUGUUGUAAUGUGGUGGCAUUGGGUUCUUUUUUUGCCAUAUCACUCAAUUUGACGGCAAUGUACUACUGUAA